UCUGCUCUUUUACAAUAUUUACGGUAAAGGAAAGUUUCAGGAAGUAGAGAAACUCAAUGCUCUUCUGCUUUCAAAACAUAAUCAUAAACAUUUACUGACUAACUUACGAAAGAAAACCUUAGAUGUGUAAAGAUCGCAGGAAUCCUCUGUUUUGAGAAGUGUUUUGGAGUAGAUCAGAUCAAAUCUGACAGCAGCAGGUUUGAGGGGCCGUCAUGAGCCGUCCGCCCUCCAUGCAGCCGCAGAUGUGUGGCCCCUGGGAACUGAAAGAGCGACUGGGAACCGGAGGCUUUGGGAAUGUCACUCUCUGGCAAAAUAAGGAGAGCAGCGUUCAGAUCGCCAUCAAACAGUGUCGGCAGGAGCUCAGUGUCAAGAACAAGGGCAGAUGGAGUUUAGAGAUUCAGAUCAUGAAGAGGUUGAAUCACAUGAAUGUGGUGGCGGCGAGAGAUGUUCCAGAAGAACUCCAGAAACUGGCCACAAAUGACCUGCCAUUGCUGGCCAUGGAGUACUGCCAGGGAGGAGACCUACGCAAGUAUCUGAACCUGCUUGAGAACUGCUGUGGGAUGAGAGAAGCUGCUGUACUGACACUGAUUCAAGAUAUAUCCUCGGCGCUGACGUACCUCCACGGGAUGAGAAUUAUUCACAGAGACCUCAAACCAGAAAACAUCGUCCUUCAACAGGGAGAAAAAAGGUUGGUCCAUAAGAUCAUAGAUCUGGGUUACGCUAAAGAACUGGACCAGAGCAGCCUGUGCACAUCGUUUGUUGGGACGCUGCAGUAUUUGGCCCCUGAGCUGUUAGAACAGCAGAAGUACACUGUGGCGGUGGAUUAUUGGAGUUUCGGGACGCUGGUUUUUGAGUGUAUCACAGGAUUCAGGCCUUUUCUACCAAACUGGCAACCCGUGCAAUGGCAUAGCAAGCUGUUGAAGAAACAGGUGGAUGACAUUGUGGUUUAUGAGGAUCUGACGGGAGAAGUUCGAUUCUCCAAACACCUGCCGAACCCUCACAACCUCAACAAACUGUUAGCUGGUAAGCUGGAGAGCUGGCUACAAAUGAUGCUGAGAUGGUCACCAAAAGAGCGAGGCAAAGAUUUAAGACAGCAGAGCAAAGACAGUCUGGAGGGGGUCAAAGAUACGGAGGAGGACAGUAAAGAAACCAGUAGUACAGAGAGUGGCAAAGACUCUCCGAAAAGUUCCUGUUUCUGCUUUGAUGAAUUACGCCGUAUUCUGAAUCUAAAGCUGGUCCACGUACUCAACAUGACCUCGGCUGAAAUAUUCACCUACUCCGUGCAGCCGCAGGAAGACGUGGCGUCUCUGCAGGAGCGAAUCGCACAGGACGCUCGCAUUCCUCCAGCCAAUCAGGAGCUGCUGCUGGAGGCGGGACUAGCCCUCGAGCCGCAUAACAGCGUCAUGCAGUGUGCGAUCGAUUAUAGCUUGAUGGACGCUCGGCGCACAGAUGAGCCGCUUGUUUUCCUGUUUGACCGUUCGUGCUGCAGCUACGAGCCUCAGUUUACGCCACGUGUCCUUCCUGAGAACGUCCGAUUCGUCCAGAACGAGCCCAAACGCUCGCUGCCCUACAGCUCCCAGAGACGCACGUGGGGUCAAGCGUGGCACACCAUCCGCGCGCUGAAGGAAGACUGGCAGAGGCUGCAGCAAGGCCAGAAAGUCGCCAUCAUGAGUCUCCUCAGACAUAACGGCACAUUGUCCAAGCAGAAGAACGAGAUGGUGUCGAUGCACCAGAGGUUAAAAGCCACGCUGGAGUUUUUCAGCACUAGUCUGCACAUCGACAUCGACAAAUACCAGGAGCAGAGAGCUACGGGGAUCGCUUCUGAAAAGUUAUUGAGUGUCUGGAGAGAGAUGGAGCAAACCGCCCUCGACUGUGGACAGACAGAAGACGUGAUUAAACUGGAGGAGGAGAUGAUGACCCUUCAAACUGAUAUCGUUGAACUCCAGAGACAGCCGUGGAGGAGUGGAGAGGCUUUAGAGACGCUUGAGGUGAAGGCGAUGGAGCUCUUCCGUAAACUGAGAGAGAAACCCAGAGAGCAGCGCAGUAAUGGCGACUGUCAGGAAGUGAUCAAACUGGUGGUUCAAGCCAUACAGUUCUACGAGAGGAAGUUACGGGACUUUUACACACACCUGAGUAAGACGAUGGUGUGCCGUCAGAAAGUGCUGGAGCUGCUGCCGCGUGUGGAGGGGAUGGUGAGCGCGAUGGCCCGGAGCGAGAAUCGACUGCUCCACCUGCAGGAGAAGAGACAGAAGGAGCUGUGGAACCUGCUCAAAGUCGCCUGUAGUAAAGUUCGUAGUCCCGUGAGUGGCAGUCCAGAUGGAGGACGGACUCCACCGGCCCCCGGACACCCGCUGAUGUCUCACAGGCCGUCACAUGCCAGCAGCUCGUCCGACGUACCGCAGACAGAUGAGUCUCAGCUUGUGAUUGAGGAGAGCAAGAUGUUUGAGAACCGCCUGCAGAGUUUAGUGCAGGACACCAUUCAGGAAACAGAGACCAGCAUGCAGAUACUGAGAGAGUGGAAGUGGCUGAAUGGAGGGCAGGAUCUGGCUUGAUGUCACGGUUAUCUGCCAGUCAAACGGCUCAUUACCUCAAAAAGCAAACAGAAAUGAUGCUCUACCGCCACCAACUGGAGUAAACGUGAUACUGCAGGCAGUGUGUGCUGGCCAAUUCACUCCUGUGAAAUCACACUGGAUGCCUUUCUUACUUUUAAUAGGGUUAUAAACCCUUAAAAACAUUUUUUUUUAAAAAGAUUUCUUAAUCAAAAUCUUGUAUCAAAAUACUUAACUAUUUUCCAGCCUUUCUUCUAUGCAAACUCCUCUUCACACGUGCCCAUUGAAUUGUGUACUGUGAAUAUUAUCGGCUCUAUGACAUAUUGCUUGUGCUGUUCCUCAUUUGUAAGUCGCUUUGGAUAAAAGUUUGCACUAAAGAGUAAAUGCAAACAUAAAUCUGU